AUGCACGCAACGCUGGCCGUCGAAAUGAAGACGCUGAUCAAUAGUUGUGAAGCGCUGGCCAGGGGUCCUCAACGAACCUUCGACUUGGUCAACACCGUAUCAGAAAGAGGAAAAUCUUUUAUUGCGGAUUCUCCACAAUUCUUCGACCCACCCACUACCAACGACGACGAGACGAUGCCAAAGCCGUACAACUUGAAGGAGAAAAAGUCAACGGCAAUUGGGUGGGAAGCGGCUGACGUUGAGGAGCAGCAAAAAGAGACGUAUAGAAGGCCGAGAGAUACCUUGUUGAUUUUGGCCGCGACUUACAUCGAGCUAGCGACGCCCCGCCUGAAGGAACUGACAAAAUUGGCAGCAACCAUCGAACACGUCAAGAUCCCUGAUGUAUUAGAUCACAAAUGCCAUGUGAAACUCAGCGAGGUUGCUUUGGCGCUUUUGAAGAUUGCUCCAUAUGAUCUAAGUACGAUGUCUUGCCUGGGAUUGCAAAAAUACUUCCUUCAUGUCCUUCCGGUUACGGAUUGGUCGAUCGAAGCCAACCGUUCGGCACUGAACAUUGUUCUUCGACGCUUAGACAAAACAAUUGCAAAGAUUGCCAAGAAACAGAGCAUUCGGCGGCGAGUCUCAUGGACCGCUUUGGCAAACUGGCUGAACGGGCUAUGCGAUACCUUGUCAGCUUUCCCAUACAUUGCCCAUCUCCACGCGCUCAAGACAACGACCCAAAUGUGCGUACGGAUCAUGGUCGGCGAUCCUUGUUUCGAGGAAACCUCAGCUCCAGCCCAUCCCCCAUCAACGAUCCUAUACCCCUCGACGCCGCCAAGGGAUUUCUGCCAGGCCACCCUUCGCCUGACAACUAUCCUGAUGCAAGCAUUGGGCCAGUUUGCCUUCUCACUAGAACAAAUUUGCUCCGUGGAAAGUAUGGGUGUCAGUGCAGAGCGCGUGGAAGCAGUGCUCGUUCAUGUCCUCAUCCCACUGUUUUUGCGAGCGGCUAUCCCGUCCAAAGAAGCAUCUGUGAUCAAAGAAAAAGACCUUAUCUACUGUCUGAACCUGAUGCAAACGGCCAUAUCACCACCCAUUGGAAAGCAAUCGCAAGUGGCACCGUUGGUAUCGACUUCGACACUGGCUACGACAUUCAUACGUGGACAGGGACAUGAUAUGAGUGGGCGCCAAGGAUCCGUUUCUGUCACAGAUCGGGGCCAUUCUGCCACAGUAUCUACGAACCGCAUCGUUCGAGAGUCCGUCUGCCAAUCGGUCUUCCUCGCUCUGAAAGUAAUGAUGCUUUGCUUUGGUCGACUGCUUGGACCUCUAUGGCCAAAAGUGAACAAGCUCGUCAAAGACCUUCUCAACAAGAAGGCUGGCGGUCAAGCAGCAGUCGCCUUCGUUGACUUUGUGAUCCACUCGAAUCUACCGAUCUCCCUACUGAUCUUGCCAACAAUUCAUGCAAAGAUCAAGAACAAGUCACCCGAAGGAGCGCCGGUCAGCGAAGCCCCUGUCACUUGGGUUGCGGAGCUUGGCGAAAAGCUUCUGCACACACCUCGGGCAGCACUCCCAAUGUCGGUAUUGAUACACCGAUGCAUGCACGAAUUGUCGGCGUUGAAAGAUGAUUUCUCGACAAAACCUCUAGAAGUCAACCGGUCUUAUACACCGACAAUGGCCGAUCCGCAUAGCGACUCUUCGACAGCAUCACUAGCUGCCCAUAAGACACCUAUGAAAGCUGGUGGUGAUCGGAGAUCGAGCAGUGGUCUGGCUAAGGGACGUCUUGUCCCAAAUAAGGAUCCGGAGUUGGGUGGCCCGUCAACCAUUCCGGAAGAUGUAGAAGAUGAAGGAAAUGAUCAUUCACACCCACCACCAGUACCGAAGGUGACGAAGAGUCCAUCAGUUCCCUUCAAUAAGUAUGGUGUUUCCCCACGCGCCCGAUCUAUGAGUGGAUUUGGUGUCUGGCGGAGUGUUCGACGCAGAUCGAGAAAUGUCUCGACGGAGAGUGAAGCUGAAAGCGAGAGAGGGGUCGAAAUGACGGCAUUUGGAUGGCCUGGAGCACAGGCUGCCCCUCAAUCAUCGCUGAAAUCCGAUAGUGUGACGACGGCCCGGAGAUCCACUGAGGGUUUGGUACUCCCCUUGGAAACGCAGCAUCGACAAAGAUUUGUCUCCUUCUCAACCCCAAAAACGGGCCGCAAGGAGGAGGACACCUUCCAAAUCAUCGAACAUCAACACGUUGUU